AUGUCAGUCCAACCCCAGAAUGCGAAUCUCUCAGCCUGUGGCAGCGAGCUGCUCAGGUGCAUUGAGGAGCUCAAAAAGAAGCGCGAUGAUCUAGCCAGGAACAUCCAAGCUGAGGCUGAGGAGAAAGAGAAAAUUCAAAGGGGCAUUGCUACGCUUACUGAAAAGCUUCAAAAAAUCACAGUGAAUCAAGACCGAAAUAUGCAGGCUCGCGAUGAGUAUGAAAAGACGAUCCAAGAGACGGAAGCUGCAUAUAUCAAGAUUAUUGAAUCAUCCCAGACACUGCUGCAUGUCUUAAGACGUGAAUCCCUCAACUUGGCGAAGAAAGCGGGCCCAUAA